AUGGCUUCUAGAGUGCUGCGCGAUGUCACCAACUACAAGCGUUCUCAACUGGCCGAUCGGCGACAGGCUUUCGAAGAACGCAAGGCUGAGCUCCUCGCUCAAACUCAAAAGAGCAGUGAUCCCAUCCAAACGCUCCUUGACGGCCUAAAAAAGCUCGGUCUCAAGUCAACAACUGCCCAGGCUUCGAACGGUGGAUUCUCAUUGUCCAACACCAGUCAGAUGCUGAUCCAGUCCACCUUUGAUGCUUCCAUUCCAUCGGCUCUUCCUUCAGCUUGGCAGGCCGAUCUUGAACGUCUCCUUACCAUCCAGUCUAACAAAUUCGAGUACACGGACUUGUUCUCACGCCUUGCUACCGAAUGGGUCGAUAAGCCAAACGAUGCCAACCUUCUUCUUGGUUCGCCUUUUGGAGGUGACAGCACUGCAGAGUCUUCGGAUACCGAGAGCUUCGAGUCGGUCCAGGUUGGUCGUGAGGAGAUGUAUCGCCAGCGUCAGGAGUGGGACUCUUUCGUCUUCACCGAGCGUCAAACAGACACAGAUGCCAUUGAGGCUUACCUCUCCGACCUCUUCAUUGAGCCUCAGCAGAAAAAGAAAGUCCACAAAACUGCUUUCGAUCAUCUUCAUAUUGCCUUCAACAAGUGGACUGUCACAACCAACACUUGCUCCAGUGAGGAUGUUGAGCAAGCUAUCAAGGCUGUCCUCAGUGCCGAUCUGCUCAGCGGUCGCAAGAGAGAUGAAUUGAUCGCACUCAGCAACGCUGGCAAGGGUGUGCUCACAGAGGUCGCCGAUGUCAUCAACAUGGAGAUUGCAAACCUGGGUGAUUGGUCCUGGAAGCCUUCACCAACUCCCACUCAGAUGAGAAAGCAGAUCAAUGGAAAGUACAGAGUUUACAUGAACCCUGAGAUCCACCAAGCUCUUCUCUUGCAGUACAUCGGCACUCGAUUUGCAGUGUCUUCGAAGGCUAUCUUCAAAGCUUUCAUUCGCUCCAAAGCAUGGCCAAAGUCUGCUCACAGUGCAAUGUCCUCCAAGGACCAUGCCCGUUUCGCCUUCUAUCUUGGAGGCGAGAACAAGGUCAACCACCAGAACUCGGUUCUCCAGGCCCGUCGCGACCAGUUCCAGAACGAUUUCUUUUUGACACAGCUUCCCGAUAAGAUCGAGGAAGUCAGUCGUGACUACAACGCUUCCGACGACUCGGACGAUGGAGACUCUGACAAGAAGUCGCCUCUCGAGAUCAAGCAGACCCUUCUCAGAUUGGCUACGACCGAGCUUAUGGUUCAGCGCAAGGUCUAUGGAAGCUUCACCCUCUGUCAAACCGACUUCAAGUGGUUCGGUCCCAGUCUUCCUCACAGCACCAUCUUCACUGUCCUGAGCUUUUUGGGUAUUGAGGACUCCUACAUUGAAUUCUUCAAGAAGUAUCUCUCCAUGUCACUUAUCUUCCCCCAGGACGGCCCCAACUCGGAGCCUCGUACACGUGUUUGUGGUGUUCCUAUCAGUCAAACACUCAGCGAUGUGUUCGGCGAGAUAAUACUCGCCUGCCUCGAUUUUGCCGUCAGCAAGGCAACCAAGGGUCGUUGUCAGCUCUACCGCUUCCAUGAUGACGUCUGGUUCUGGGGUCAGAAGGGAGACUGCGAGGUCGCCUGGGAAGCUAUCAAGAAGUUCACAAAAGUCAUGGGUCUAGCAUUGAAUGAGGAGAAGACUGGAACUGUUCAUGUGAGCGACAAGGGUGAAAAGCCUUCGAGCUCCCUUCCCAAAGGGCCUGUAAGAUGGGGCUUCCUGGUCUUGGAUCCUGUCAAGGGACGCUGGGUCGUUGACAUGGCCAACGUUGAUCAGCACAUCGCUGAGAUGCGCCUCCAAUUUGCGCAGUGUCGCUCGGUCUUCUCUUAUGUUCAGGCCUGGAACAGCUACAUGGGCCGAUUCUUGGGAAACAACUUUGGACAUCCUGCCAACUGCCUUGGCAUCGAGCAUCUCGACAUGGUAUUCUCCACCUUCAAGUACAUCCAGAAAAAGCUCUUCGAGGACGACGACAACACUACUGGCUGCGAGGAUGUCACCUCUUACCUCAAGUCCGUCAUUGAAGAGCGUUUCGGGACCAAGCACAUUGCCAAUGUCUUCCUGUAUUGGCCUGUUGAGCUCGGCGGUCUUGAGCUGCGCAACCCUUUCAUACCACUCAUGACUGCUCGUGAGAACUCUGAAACUCAACCCAAUGACAUUCUCGAAAUUGCUUGGGAGCAGGACGAGGAGGAGUAUGACGACUACAAGCGAGCGUUCGAGAAGAACAGAUCCAAGCACUUUGUUGAGGUGCCCCAUGGAUGUGACGCAGAGAAGUUCUUCUCUUUCGAAGAAUUUGUUCGCUUUCGCGAGGAGACUUCUCCGUAUCUCAAAGCUGCUUACGACCGCCUUCUGGAUUCGCCCACAAUCGAGAGUCUGGUGUACACUCGCUUCAUCGAGUAUGCAUUGAACACUCUCCCACUCGAGUUCCGCACAUCUAAGCACAUCAAACCCCACUUCACUGCCAUGGACGUCUACUGGCGCUGGACCCUUCAUCUCUAUGCGGCCGAAGCCAUGGAGAGGUUCGGUGGAUUGGGUCUGGGUGAGAAGGAAAUGUUGCCAGUCGAGCUGGUUAACCUUCUCAGAAGCGAGAGAGUGCGUUGGCAGGGAUGA